AUCGUGCACGUGCUAGCUAGCUAGCCACCGAAAUUUCUUUUUAAUUUCUUUUCGAAGACACCCUCGACGGCUCGCGUCGCCUCGUCAAGGCAACAUUUUUUGAAGUCGAAACAUUUUGAACCAUACAGCUUGAUUUUGGACUGAAAUAUUGAUAAUUAGGAAACAGAUCUGAAAACCUGUUAAGAUGGAGAACUUCAUCCUGUACGAUGAGAUUCGACAGACUGAAACCUCCACCAUGUACAAGGGUAGGAGGAAGGGGUCGGUGAACUUUGUGGCCAUCCAUUGUAUUGACAAAGCAAGAAGGUCAGAGGUCACCAACCGGGUCAGAUUAACCCAUGAAUUGAGUCAUCCCAACGUGGUGGAGUUCUACGAGUGGUACGAAACGACCAACCACCUAUGGCUGAUCGUGGAGCUCUGUACAGGUGGUAGUCUAGAGCACAUCUUGUCACAAGAUGGCCAUUUCCCAGAACAAGCUGUUCGUGACUUUGGAUUGGAUCUUGUGAGAGGACUUCAUUACAUUCAUUCUGUUGGAAUGCUCUUUUCAGACUUUAAACCAAGCAAGAUAUUGGUGGAUAGUUCAGGAUCACUGAAGUAUGAUGACUUUAGCUUAGCUCGUCUGGAAGAGGAGAACUUGGAAGACAUAUUUGAUAUGACGUCACCAGAAGGCACUUCUGACCAAACUAAGCAGGAUGGUGAAAGAACAAACAAAAGUACCUUAGGUUGCCCGAAUUAUCUUGCCCCAGAGGUUUUACAAGGACAGCCUCACAGCAUUGCAACUGAUCUGUGGGCAUUAGGCUGCCUCCUAUUUGAGAUGUACACAGGCAACCCUCCUUUCCAGGCUGAGGAGUUUUCCAAACUAGUGGAACAGAUUCUCACCAAAGACUAUCCUACACCAAAGGUUAAAGGACCAAGACUGGCUACUAAACCUACUCCAGAUUUCUGCAGUCUGAUCAAAGUUCUGUUGACAAAAGAUCCCACAAGAAGGGCAACAUGGCAUGAAUUGGUCAUCCAUCCUUUCUGGCAGGGUCAACUGCAGGUCGAUGAUGGCACCAAGAAAUCUCUUGCUGAUGAUAUGGCAAAGAGUCAUACUAGCUUGACUUCACAUACUCCUCAUGAAAUGAAGAACGUAACACUUGUGACACUGUCUACUGAGGGUCGACCAGUGUCAUCAAUGAAAAUUCCAGACAACCUGAUGAAAGCUUCGCUCCAUUCCAACAGACCUGAGUCAAGGCCACAGAGCUCUCCCGACACAGCAAAGAAAGAUCCACACUUCUUACUAAGCUCAAGACCAAGGACAUCUCCAGCAGUACCUCCAGAAGAGCCUCUAGAGGAACCACCUCCCACCAGAAAGAAAAGUGGCAAGAGGAGGAAGAGUGAUGGUGGAGUGAAGAGCAGGAGUAGAUAUCAGCAAGAGAGGAAAAUCUCCCAUGAGGACAGUCUUGAUGUUGACGUCAGCAUCUUCACUCAGUGGGAUCUGUCAGUCUCCCCCAUCAUUGAUAAUCCAAAGAUUCAGAAGCCAGCAUCUCUGAAAUUUGAGUCACGUAGCCUGGGAAUUCCUGUUCACAGCAAUGAUAAGCUGUUGAAGAUGACAGACACUGCUCUUCAGAUCUACCUCGGUAACAUCACCGAGUCAUUGGCUAGCAAGAGUGGGGACAAGUCAGCAGGGACACAGAGGACUAAACUUCAACUACUCAACUAUGUGGGAACCAUCUGUGGGACAGGAGCCGUUGCUAGAGCGAUUGCUGUAUCAAAACUGAUUCCCUGCAUGAUCAAUCUUUUAAAGCCAUCACAACCCCUUGAAGUACGAUGCCGAAGUGGCAGAGUGUUUGGUCUACUUGCUCAAAAUCUUGAUGAAUUUUCAGAGGAUUUCGCGCUAACUGAGGUCAUCACGGCACUAACAGAAGUUUUACGAGAUAACAAUCGUAAUGCCAAGCUGAAGCAGAGUAUGGUCCCAGCUAUUGGAGAGCUUUUGUUCCUGGCAGCUACCCAUGACCAAGACGAGGCAUCGAACCCUUCGAACGUACCUGCCCUGGUCUACACCAUGAUCUCUAGGUGCCUUAGAGAAGGGGAGGAUGCAAUUGUGCAACACUUUGCUGCCAAGGUGAUAGAGAAUGUUGCAGCAACAAACAGUAUCCAUGGUGAGAAACUAUCCAGCAAUGAGAUAGGACAUCUUCUGUGGCAGCUCUUUACCCACUCUAUGGCAGACACACCCAAGAUAUGUGCAAUUUCAGCUUUAUGUAGAAUUUGCCGUCAUUCGGUCAGCAUCUUUCAGAGUAUUCUUGAUAAGGUUGGGUUGCCCAAGGUGUUGGAGGGGCUAGCGGUCAACAUCAGCCGUGUCCAGCAAGCACUGGUCACCAUGUUCGGUCAUCUCUUGACCGAAGGAUCACACGUUCAGAGAAUAACUCAAGAUAAGGAGUUUUGCUUGCACGUAAUGAAGUUGGUGGAGAGUCCGUCGGUGCUAAUCCGUGCCAAAGCUCUCCUUGUCGUUCUUGAAAUCAUCAAGGUCAGCCCAGAGAUGAUCAUGGCGUGCUGUCAGGCAAGGUUGAUAACUUACAUGGAGCGAGACAUCCGUCAACAGAUGAGCAGGGGCAAGGUGGAUAGUCAGGCUCAAUGGAAGUAUAUGGAUCAAUGUCUCACCCUCCUCGCAGAUCAUCUGGUCAAUCUACUCCCUCAAAUAUUAGGUGAUGCUGAGAGUAGUUUAGCUGCAGUAUCAGGACGGAAGCAUCCCUCUACAAUACAAGCUAAACAGCUGAAAGGAAGUCUACCUCUGGUCUCAUUGGCUCUACAUCUUAUCACAAGUCAGGUUUUCAGGCCAAGAAUUGUUGGUGAGAGGUUUUUGUCCAAUAUCGGUGCCCUACUGACCCAUGUCAAAUCAAUGGAUUGUGGAGAAACGAACAUAGAACCCGCAAUAGGGAUGUUAGGGAUCGUCGAGUUCAACAAUAUUAUCCUGUCCAUUCUGGAAGCAGUCACGCAGCAUCCAUCUAUCCUAAUGGAGCAUCAUUUAGAGGUCAUUGAUAGUAUUCUGAAUCCUCUAGCUACUCUGGUCGCCAGUAGAAACGAUGAGACCCGUAUGUUCUGUGUGCGUCUGUUCGCUGAGAUCAUCUGCUUGUACCUAAACCAUGACAACCUUACAGAGAAUGGAGCCAUCACAAACCCUCAGCUUCUGACUGACAUCACGUCACAGAUUCUACCUAGUCUCCAGCAGCUUCUUGUCGAUGCCGAUCCCCUGCCGCUCUAUGCACUCAAACUCAUACUAGCUCUCAUUGAAACAAGCCCUGCCUUCAUCAGAAAAAUGGAAGAACUGGAGCUCGUACCGGUGCUAUUUCAAGUACUGAUAGAUCAUCGGAACAGUCCCACAUGUAGCACCAUACGUUAUGUUAUCUCAGUGUUGAACUGUUUGUUAGCAGAUACCAACACAGAAAUGCAAGUCCUUUAUGAUCAAGGCAUUCAGGAUCACAUCAGCAUUCUUUUUGAAGACGUCCAGCGAAUGUACCUAUCGUCGGAGGACACCAAGGUGGAUUCCAAGUCACUGACCCUUCUUAUGACGGGUCUUCUGGAUCUUCUACAUACCUUGCUCAAACAUAUCGCAUGCAUCGUCAGGAGUGUACUACAGGCCAAAAAGUCUGGUAGUAGCGCAGACACACAGGGAGCAGAGAGAAUACUGAUGGCAAACAAACCCUUGGUCAAUUGUAGUCUCAUCAUUAUUAGACUGCUUUGUCACAAGGAUAAAGAGAUCCAUACGACAGCCUGUGAGUGUCUCUCCCUGAUUGGUCAGCUGUAUGGUGGGGAAUACCCUGCGUCGUUCUCCGCCGAUAACUCACAAGCCAUGGCUAGAGCCCUCCAGGCCUUCGAUACCAAGAGACAAAAGCUGAUCCUCAGAUACAUCAAGAGAGUGGUAGCAACUGAGACACACCACAUAGAGCAUCUUAACACAGAGGGCACCGUUUUGAUAGAAGCAUUGGUGCGUAUGAGGCAGACGGCAAGCUCACAUGCUGAUGUAGCAGUGUCUUCUCUUGCAGCUGAUAUCCUGAGGGUUGUGGGUGUCCAAUAAAGGCACGAUUACUGAGGCUGCUGUUUUAAUAGGUGGCAUUAGGAGACGGACACCAUGCUGAUGUAGUGUUUUCUUCUCUUGCAGCAGAUAUCAUGAUUGUUGUUGGUGUACUAUCAGAGAAUAAACACUUAAGGCACUGCUUUGAUAGAGGCAUUAGUUCGUAUGAAACAGACAUCAAGCUCGCAUUCUGAUGUAGCAGUCUCCUAUCUUGCAGCAGAUAUCCUGAGGGUUGUGGUUGUCCAGUAAAAGCAUGAACACUGAAGGUGUUGUUUUGAUAGAAGCGUUAGUUUCUAUUGGUCAGACGACAAGCUCACAUGCUGAUGCAAAGGUCUCUUUCAGGGGUUGGGGACACCCAAGUCACAAUAUAAUGGGAGUGUGCCUCAUAAAACCUAAUGGGGGUCCAAGGAACUGGCUACAAUAUUUAAAUAAAAUAAUUGUGCGACGAAUAUGUUACAUAAUGGGGGUUUUUGGUUAUGGCCAACAUUUUGCCUUUUAACUGUACAAUAUGCUUUUGCUCACCAAAUCACCAUUCCCAAGGCUUUUAUGCAUAUAAUUAGAUAUGUAUUCUUUUUAUUGUCUCUCUCUUCAUAUUUUUUGGCAUUUUUUGGGGGGGCUAUUAUGUUUCUGACAUUUGUUUCUGUAUUGGUUUAUUGUAGUGGUUGAUGUCAGUGAUUUCCAGCUUGUUUGUGUACUAAUGCUGUUAAAACCUUGUACAUCAAAAUAUAAAUGCAAGAUUUUUAGAGUUGACAUAAGUAGCAACCUUCUUUUUCCUAGAAAGAGUUCUUGGCAGGAAUUAGAAAACUGUUUUCGGACAACAUAAGGUCGCCACCGUUAUAUUUCUAAUUAUCAGUUUUUCUUAUCUGAUAUCGGCAAAAUUAAAAAAAAAAAAAUUUCAUCUGAAUUUCAUGAUGAAAUUCAGAGGCUAGUAAGAUGGGAGAUGACUUAUCGCAAUAUUUUGAAAAAGUGUAUAAUUUAUUGUUGAUCACAAACUGAUCAACUGUACAGUCAUAUAUACAUUGUUGAAUAUGUGUAAGAAAGUAUUUGCAAGGAAGUACUAUUUUGUUCCCUUUGAAUCUUAUUUCCCAAAGUAGGUUCUCUGCAUUGGGUUGUUGUCGGUUAUUGGGGAAAUUUCUUCUCGUUUAACCAUUACUAGCCUCCUCUUUGGCACAGAAAAAAAAAUCAGUGAUUAAACUUUGCCUUUUCAGCUUGCCUUUAAUAUAUCUUAAUAAAAGCCACAUGGGAUAGUUGUUUUGUAUCCAUUUAUGUAUUAAAGUGAUGCAGUACUAAUUUAUUUAUGGAUUGUUUUAUAUGUUAUUGAUAUGCAUUUUGGUGUGUAUAGUACAUAUUUAUGAUGAAAAUGUAGAUAAUCUUCAUUGGAGCGUGUGAAUAUAUUUCCAAAUUGAAUUAGAGCAGUGUUAAAAUAAGUAAAUAAAAUAAACAAGGAAAUGUAGCUAAAUAUGUUUUCCUUGAACAAA